CUGGCAGAUCAGAAUUGCCUCCGUAUUAGCACAGAGCUGCUUACUUCAUCAUGUCGCAAGCUAUAUUUGAAGUUUUAGAAGGCAUGGACAACCAGACUGUCCUUGCUGUCCAGUCACUCCUGGAUGGCCAAGCUGGUGUCCCUGAUCCCAGUAAUCACAGUGUUUCGGGGACCAUCAUCCAGCCAAUGGAUGAUGACGAUGUGUUCUUGUGUGGCAAGUGUAAGAAGCAGUUUAACUCUUUGCCAGCCUUCAUGAUGCACAAGAGGGAGCAAUGCCAAUCGAAUGCACCCUCGCUAGCCACCGUGUCACUGGCAUCCAGUAACACCUACACACCCGUGCCCUCCGUCAGUGCUGUGCCACAGCCACCCACGAACAGACAGGUUUCGACGUACAUCACCGUGCCUCCAUCUCCUCUCACGCACACACUGGUACAGGGUAACGUUCUGGUCAGCGACGAGGUCCUCAUGUCUGCCAUCUCAGCAUUCACGUCUAUGGACACCUCGAUGGCCGCCAUGCAGGCUUCCACUCAGAGCAAUCUGGGCAUGCCCAGUGUAGCAUCGUACAUGCAGCACCCCCCACCGGCUGCCCAGCCACUACCACCGACCCAAGCUCCACCCCUUUCCUCCCAGGUUCCCUCCAGUAACAACAGCUCAGUGGUACAGGUGUACAGCACUCUGCCUCCGAUGUCUGGAGGAGGAAAUGCAGAGAUUCACACUCUGGGUCUGCAACCCUUCCAGUCUGUACAGGGUGCUGGUCAGUGUGUGGAGAACCAGACUGCAGCGUUCAGCAGUGGUCCAGUUUACAAUCCUGCAAAACCAGCACAGAAACCCAAGAGCUGCAACAACACGGCGACCCUCAGUGAGCUGAACGAAUACGACAAGGUGAUCAUCCCCAGAAAGACCAGGAACAACAAGAAAGCCCAUGAAGCAGGACAUAUGAAAGCUAAAGGUCAGAAACUGAAGUGCAAUUUCUGCGACAAGGUGUUCACCAAAAACUUUGACCUGCAGCAGCACAUCAGGAGUCACACAGGCGAGAAACCAUUCCAGUGCAUCGUGUGCGGUCGAGCUUUCGCCCAAAAAUCCAACGUGAAGAAGCACAUGCAGACGCACAAGGUCUGGCCGGCCGGAGUGCACAGCACCGUAGCAAGAAUGCCCAUCACCGUCAAAGCUGUACCAGAGAUCAUAGAGGAGAACACAGCGCAGCAUGCGGAUGGACAGGACGAGCACGCAGGUUUGGAGCAGGACGAGGCGGAUCCUCAGUCAGAAGGAAAGAGUCCUAGUCAAGCCAUAAGCAAGCAGGUUAUCGUGAUCGACAGCUCGUACCAGUGCCAGUUCUGUGCCGCCAAGUUCAGCAGCUACUUCCAGCUGAAAUCCCACAUGACCCAACACAAGAACGAGCAGGUCUACAGGUGUGUGGUGAAGACCUGCUCUCAGACCUUCCAGAAGCUGGACUUGUUCCUGGAACACACCCGUUCCCACCAGGAACACCUGACCUACCGCUGCCACCUCUGUACCAAAGUGUUCCCCACCCUGUUCGAGCUCAGUCUGCAUCAGUACUCCCACAGCUUCUGUUCGCAGCAGAACAUGCGCAAAGAUAGCACCUACUACAGGUGUAACAAAUGUCAGAGUAAGUACUCCACACAGGAAGCUCUGGAGCAGCACCUCCUCACCGCCUCACACAACUACCCCUGCCCUCACUGCCACAAGGUCUUCCCGUGUGAGAGGUAUUUUCGGAGACACCUCGUCACUCAUGGUGCAGGUGGAAAGUAUAAAUGCCAAAUCUGUAAAAAGUUGUUCAAGACGGAGCACUACCUCAAACUGCACACACAAAUCCACUCAGGUGAAAAGCCGUACAAAUGCUCGGUAUGCGAGGCCACGUUCAACCGCAAGGACAAAGUGAAGAGACACAUGCUGAUCCACGAACCCUUCAAGAAGUACAAGUGUCCUUUCAGGACGCACGCAGGCUGCACCAAGGAGUUCAACAGGCCGGAUAAACUGAAGGCUCACAUCCUGUCUCACUCGGACAUUAAGCCGUUUAAGUGCCAGUUCUGCCAGAAGAGCUUCAGACGGCGAGCUCACAUGCUGGAGCACCAGCGCUCUCACACCAACAACUACCGCUUCCGCUGUUCCACCUGCACCAAGGGCUUUACCCGCAUCAAAUACUACAGAGAGCACCGGUGCCCACUGGCAGGGGGAUCAGAGGGGGGCGCAGGAGCUGCUGAAGGUGGAGAACCUGCAGCGGAAUACACAGCCGUACCAGACGAUGAAGAUGAAGAUAACGAGGAAGAUGAGGCUUCAGCCGGAGCAGUGGGGGGGGCCACAGUGGACCCGGUGGAGGAACUGAUGAUGAAUGGAAGGCGGGAGGACGAGAGGGCUGAAGGUCUGCAGGGGGGUGGAGGAGCAGAUGGACUGCUGGAGGAAAGUGUAUUCGGUCCAAAUGGUAUUGCUGAGGCAGGACCUCGUUGAAGCCUUCUAGGAAAGCCUGUCUCUGCUCCUCCACACCUCGAGACAACCUCCAAUCAGCC